AUGGCUGACCACGAAGAAUAUGCCACACAAGAGCCUACGGCCACGCCCGCCCCUGCAAAAGUUCCACCGGCGCAAAUCUCAGAAGAACCAUAUGUUGUCUUUCCUAUCGCUGAGCGUGCAGAACUUGUGAAGGAGAUUUUGGAACGCCUGCUUCAUUUCGCCAUAGUCAGGAUAAAUGCUACCCCCGCCUCAGGCAAAAGCACCUUAAUGAAUCUGAUGGUCAAGCAUCUUUUGAAAGGCAAAGAGGGCCACAACCCGAUUUAUGUUAUGAUUGGUUGGAAUCACCAACGCGUUGAGAAUGCGGGCGGAUGGGCCAAAUACUUGGAAGCACAGACGGGGGUAAAUGGUUUCAAAUGGCCGGAUCAUUCUGGUUAUUUAUUUCUUGACGAAGCUCAGGAAUCAUAUCAGGAUGAUGAGUUGUGGGCCGGACUGUUCAAGACUGUUUCCCCAAAUUCAAAGUGUCGAAUCCUGCUCUUUACUUCCUACGGCUCCCCAAAUAGGGUUUGUGAAGGAUUCGAUGACGCGAAAUUCAGAAAAACCCCAAUGAUUUUCGAUCCAGCGCAACAGAUAUCCCUGAAACCUGACUCCCGUGUGGCACCGGAUUUCAACCCGGUUGGUCUGCUCCUGGACGAACGCGAAAGCAUGAAACUUGUGGGAGAUUGUAUGAAGAGCCGCCUCUCAUCAAUUUUCACUGGAGCUAUAACGGAAGACUUCAAGCGUGGUGUCUGGCAGGUCACUCAGGGCCACGCAGGGUUGAUCACAUCAUUCUGUGACGUUUUAGGACGGUCAAAGGACCUUCGUGAAUAUAGACAUUCUGAUCUGCACUGGAAUAUGAUUACCGACAUUAUCUUCAAAGACCCUGUUGGGUUGUUCGAAAGGAUCAGUGGUUCUCAAUUCUCCAGAGGUCUCCCUAGAAGCAAGGAUUUGCAGAACCCUGCUGUCGCUAGGGUCCUCAAGCAAGCCAUCCUAUCGCCUCGCGGACUCCUCCACUCAUCCUUUGUCGAUGGAAGUCUAGAAUCUCGGGCGCUCAGCUAUAUAUGGAGAAAUGGUUGGCUGCAUGCGCAAACGCAACCCAUUGGAGAUGACACCCAAUACGUUUUCGCAACAGACUUUCACAGAUGGUUUUGCGCUUGUGUGUUUGCUCCGGCAGAUGAUGGCAUACAACCACUGCCAUACUUAUCUCCCCUAGACCUCGCCAAGGAGGUAGUGAGAAGAUUCAACCCCCGCCAACUAUCAGAACCCGAACGAGCUAUGAACCGUAAUAUAUCACCACUAGAGGAUCAGUACGGCAAGGAGUUUUAUCGCUGUAUUGGCGAUGUCUUGAAGCGCCGUGUGGUUGUGUCACCAGAAUUUUCAGUUAGUUACGGAACUCAAAGCGGCAUUCUCGAUUUUUUCAUACCGGGUACGGCAUGGGGCAUUGAACUCUUGAGAGAGAACGAUCGGAUCUCGGAGCAUCUGACUCGAUUCGCGCCCGGGGGACAGUACUUCCUCCUGGUGAAAGAGCGCAAAAUGAAGUGGAUUGUCUUGAAUUGCACAACCAAACGUCCUUCCAAGAAACGAACAGAAUACCUCGAUCAACUUUACCACGUUGUUUUCACUAGCGAUUUCAGAUGUGUCGAAAUCCUGCGUGCAGACCUCGAGCUGGAGUCAGCGUUCACUUUAUUGGAGAGUCACUCUCAUUCGUUUUUAUCAUAG